AUGGAUGCUUGGGAAGACCUCGUCUAUGAUGAUGACGUACNGGAGUCANUNCUUAAAAAAUGUGAUUCUUCUUCUUCUCUUAUACCUGGUCCUGCGGGUCUAGUAACUGAUGGCAAAAUAGAGAACAUCAAUUCACUAAAAGAAGCAAAGGGAAUGGACAUACUUCCGAUUGUUGCUUGCUUAAUAAAGGAAUGCAANCCUACAGGUCUGGGGGACAUGCAGUUGACUGUAAAGGAUCCAUCACAUACAAUGAAGGCUUCAGUGCACCAUAAAGUUCUUAAAGAUCCUGAAUUUGGAGAUAACCUUCGAGUUGGAUCUGCCAUGAUACUGAACCUUGUUAAAUCCUUUUGUGCAUUUAGGCCGAACCACUACCUCAAUAUCGUUCACCGCAAUGUAGUCAAGGUCUUUCCCCCUGAAAUUAGUCCUCCAUCAGCUGAACUGGUGAAGGAAACUCCAAAAUCGGUCAUUCGACUUCCAAUGUGGGCUGAGAACAAUGACAAAGUGGAUGCCAUCCUCCGUAAAUUUGUUCGACCAAGUGACCAACCAUCAACAUCUACCAAUGAACCUGCAACAUCAUCCAAUGAACACCCAACUGACCAACCACCAACAUCAACCAAUGAACCACCAACAUCAUCCAAUGAACCACCAAAUAACCAACCAUCAACAUCAGGGAAUCAACCUCAGUAG